CCUCAGCAAAGUUGUUUCCCUUGGCUAACUGGGACGGACGGAUUGUCCAGGGAUUCUAUGGAAGAGAUGUCGGCAGUGAGUGCGGUCAGCACAGCAGUGCCAGCGGCCACCACCCGCACCACCUCUUUCAAGGGUUCCUGUCCAGGUUCCAAGUAUGUGAAACUGAACGUGGGAGGCGCCCUCUACUACACCACCAUGCAGACCCUAACCAAACAAGACACCAUGCUCAAAGCCAUGUUCAGUGGAAGGAUGGAAGUCCUUACAGACAGUGAAGGCUGGAUCCUAAUUGACCGCUGUGGGAAGCACUUUGGCACCAUCCUGAACUACCUCAGAGACGGGGCCGUCCCGCUACCCGACAGUCGCAGGGAGACCGAGGAGCUGCUAGCAGAGGCCAAGUACUACCUGGUCCAGGGUCUGGCAGAUGAGUGUCUCGCUGCUCUACAGAACAAAGACACAUAUGAGCCAUUCUGCAAAGUUCCCCUGGUGACCUCAUCUAAGGAAGAACAGAGGCUAAUAACCAGUGCUAACAAGCCCACUGUCAAACUGUUGUACAACAGAAGCAACAAUAAAUAUUCCUACACCAGCAACUCAGAUGACAACUUGCUGAAGAACAUAGAGUUAUUUGACAAGCUGUCACUGCGGUUCAAUGGCCGAGUUCUCUUCAUCAAAGAUGUGAUCGGAGAUGAGAUCUGCUGCUGGUCUUUUUAUGGCCAGGGACGCAAGAUUGCUGAAGUGUGCUGUACAUCCAUUGUCUACGCCACAGAGAAGAAGCAAACUAAGGUUGAGUUCCCUGAAGCCCGAAUCUAUGAGGAGACCCUGAACAUCCUCCUCUACGAGUCCCAAGAUGGCCGUGGUCCUGACAACGCUCUGCUGGAAGCCACAGGUGGCGCCGCCGGGCGAUCGCACCACCUGGACGAGGACGAGGAGCGGGAGCGCAUCGAGAGGAUCCGCCGGAUCCACAUCAAGCGACCCGACGACCGCACCCACCACCACCAGUGAGAUCACCUGAAGUCGCCAACACACAUUCGCUGCUGGAGAUGAGGUCAAUUUUUUUGCAUUACACACCUCUUGCCACCACUGGCAAUCACACACCACUACCUGCGAGAUCACUGUUAAGACAAAUCUAAUUCCACAAAAUGACCUCACACAUCCAAGGCUACACAUACUGUACUACUAUCAGUAUCGAUAACUUCACUACCUGUCCCAAUCGAAGAACACUUUUAACGUUCCACUUUCACCCCUAUUAUGCCAAAUGGGGUCCUUUACCAGCAGUCCUUUUGAAUAGGGCGUUAAUGUAGGAUUUUAAAUCACUUUAACACUGAAUUGUUACAAAGACCUCUCUACUGAUCGUGCUUUUCAAGGAGUCUUUAUUGUGAUGCAACUGACCAAAAAGUCGAUAUGAACAAAAACUCUUUAGGAACCAAUGAUUAGCUGUGUUCCCGGAAUGUUUUGCUGUGCUACAACUAUCUUGAAAUAUAGAGACUCAUUUCAAACACUAUCUUUCUCAUCGUGCACAAUAUUGCUUUUGGAAAAAUACAGCCCAUAUGGUAUAAGAAACCAUGUUGAUUUUGUUUGGUCCAGCACCAUUGCAGUUGCUAUUUUCAAUAUGAGUAUGAUUUAGGCUUUGUCUAUGCCCAAGUGCUCGAAAAAUAUGGACUUUAAUUUACAUGGCAGUGCCAUGUACAGUAGUUGUGAAUUUUUGCAGUAAAUUGUCAGCAUGAUCAAUGACUCUUUGGUCGUGCAUCAGGCACACGAAAAGCAAUUGUGCUGCAGUGGAGAAGGUUUCAUGUUGCGCAGCUUGUACUGAGCUGUUCGACACCCUUUCUGACCAGCGUUAGGAAUCUAGCAGUUUAUUCAAAUGCUGGAUUCUGUUUUAAGAAUAAAAAAAACUAGUACUUAACACUGGUCCUUCAGGAUAAAAGCUGUAUAUUUUUAGGUUAGCCUUAUUUUCUUUCUCUUUUUUUUUUGUUAUGUUUUGUUGUUUGAUUUUUUGUUUUUGAAUGCACAUCACUUUCAGAGCAGCUACCACUGCAGUCACCCAGUAUGUUCCAGUUCAGUUCAAUGCUUUGCGAUCUGAACCAUGCUGCUAUGGGCUUAAUACUCCGACACCAUUCCUACUUCCAAACCCAGAUCCGUAAUAAGAGUAGCAGUGCUCACAUCACCGAAUAUUGACAUGAAAUAUGAUUAAAAUCUGAUCUACUGUAUUUAGUGGCAUACAAGAUAAUGGUGCCUGAAAGAGUUCUCCCUGCUAUAUGCCUUCAGUUGUCUUGCUUGGCCCCCUCAAGUAGAGGUGGGUUGAACGUGUUGCCUUAUUAGCAGAUUGAGGACACAUAUGUAAAGCAUAAAUAAAUAUGAACUGACUUCAUAACCAGCUUUGCAGACUAUCAAUGGUAUUAGGUCAUUUUUUUGGACUAGUGAUUGUGUACAAGCAUAAAAAAAAGAUAUAUAUUGCAUAUUUCCCAUAUUAAAUCGUUACAUCCAUUCUCCAAAGUUCUUUUUAUUAUCAAUUAGUGGAUCUAAACAUGACUAUUUGCAUGUUAUAUGUUAUAUUUGACUCAAUGACUCCAUUUGACUCUUGGUCACCAACCAAGUACGAAAGUGUAUGCUAGCAUUAUCAAAAGCUUUAUUAGAGACAGUGCCUUAUUCCUUGAUUCACAUUUAUUUUGCCAGCAGAGUCAGACACUCUAAUUUAUGUAUUAUGAAUAUUAUCACUUCAUAUUUAAGGCACCAUGUUUCACCUAAAACUAUGAAUAGUUUCACACAUUUUCCCUAAUAGUAAAAACACAUAAUUCAUUCAAAUGUUUCUGUUUUACUGAGGCAAGUGUGUAAUACAGUAGUAUUCCCCUGAGAUAAUUGACUGCUGAAGACCAUUUCCCGCAGUUAUGGACUAGGAUAAUGGUUAUGGUUAUGCUAUUUAGCGGACACCUUUGUCAUCAAUUGACCUAAUCCCUGUUUUCUCACUAGAUUUGAAUUCACAUUUGAAUUUAGAACUAUUGAACAUAUGAUGUAGUGCAAAUUCUAACCAAAGACUUUGGGUCUGUCAUUUAACAGCCAAAGAUUUUAAUGCAGAGCUGUUGCUGUAGCUGUAGGCGCAAGUAGUCAGAAUGUUACAAUAACUACAAUUGAGACCAGCUGAGGGGCUAGGAUGUGUUCUUGGAGACAUGUCAAAUGUUGAUGUCCUAAUAUUCAAACCACGACAUUCCUUAGUGCCUGAUCCCAUGUAGGUUGUGUGUUGAUUCACUGCUUAGAGAACUAGCAACCAAAAUGAGACCUAGCCCUGUGAUUAUCUAUAUGAAGCCGAAUAGAAGUGACCAGAUUGAGAUUUGUUUGUACUGUGAGGCAUUCCUUUUCCUCAGUGGUUUUAAAUUAAGAACAAAAAUAUUUUAGUGACAUUUUGCAGUAAAACAAUCAUUUCAUGUGAGAUUUGUAUUUGCACAAGAUUGUAUUUACUAGUCUGUAUUUUAUGUUAAUAAAUACAUUAAAUAUUUGUACACAAGUAUGA